GGAGGCGCAGGGUAAGAGGCGCAGGGCAGGGGCACAGGGCAGGGGCUCAGGGUAAGAGGCGCAGGGCAGGGGCGCAGGGCAGGGGCUCAGGGUAAGAGGCGCAGGGCAGGGGCGCAGGGCAGGGGCUCAGGGUAAGAGGCGCAGGGCAGGGGCGCAGGGCAGGGGCACAGGGCAGGGGCUCAGGGGCAGGGGCGCAGGGCAGGGGCACUCGCGGGCAGGGGUGGGGGCGCAGGCCGCCCAUGAGGCUCCCCGGCGCGGGGCGCGGGCCAUGGGGGGCAGCCUGCGGGUGGCCGUGCUGGGCGCCCCGGGCGUGGGCAAGACGGCCAUCAUCCGCCAGUUCCUGUUCGGAGACUACCCCGAGCGCCACCGGCCCACGGACGGGCCGCGCCUCUACCGGCCCGCGGUGCUGCUCGACGGCGCCGUCUAUGACCUGAGCAUCCGCGACUGCGCCGGCGCGGACCCGGGUCCGAGCCCCGGGGGGCAAGAGGAGGGGACGGGCCAGAAGGACUGGGGCCUGCAGGACACGGACGCCUUCGUGCUGGUCUACGACAUCUGCAGCCCCGACAGCUUCCACUACGUGAAGGUGCUGCGGCAGCGCAUCGCGGAGACCAGGCCGGCGGGAGCCCCCGAGGCGCCCAUCCUGGUGGUCGGCAACAAGCGGGACCGGCAGCGGCUGCGCUUCGGGCCCCGGCGGGCGCUGGCCGCACUGGUGCGCAGGGGCUGGCGCUGCGGCUACCUCGAGUGCUCGGCCAAGUACAACUGGCACGUGCUGCGCCUCUUCCGGGAGCUGCUCCGCUGCGCCCUGGUCCGCGCGCGCCCCGCACACCCCGCGCUGCGCCUGCAGGGGGCGCUGCACCCGGCGCGCUGCAUCCUCAUGUGACUGCGGCGGCGCGGACCGCCGGGCCCGGAUUGGCCGAGACCGCCCAGCCCUCCUCGGAUUGGCCGGGACGGGGCCGCUUCCUGAUUGGACGAGAAGCGCUCCCGUCUCCUAGGCGACGGCCUCUGGGAUUCUCAUUGGGUGGCGGCCGGGGCUACAGGGAUGCGGCGGAGGGAUGCGCUGGGGCCCGCGGGCCUUCGUGGAGAAGCUGCAGCCGUCCUCCCCGGAGGCAAUAAAAGGGAAUCUCACACGUGCCUGACGUUUCCGGGGUGGGCGGGACUCUUCAUCCCCGAGACUCGCCCCCUCCCCCCGCAGCUAGGCGACUCCAAGGGGCUCACCCCAACCUGCGGCGGCCCCUCGCCCGCUGCCCCCCCCAAAAGGGCGUGAUGGCCACGGGCUGCACCCCUCAAAGCGGACACACCGGUGGCUGAAACCGAACUUUACUGUCAGGCUCUGCAGGCCGCA